UAGCUUAUACAUUGAGAGUCCCUCGCCAAGGCAGUCACAUCUGUACCUGCAGCUCUCAUCACGCGUCCUUUUUGCACCACCACCACCACCACCACCGGGGCAUCCACGGGAACGCUCGCCGGAAGAAGAGCGCCAUGGCCCGCGCGGAGGAAGACGGAAUGCCGGAGACAACCGUGGGAGUCGGAGUGAUGCUGAACCGACGGAGGAGCAACGGCAGGCGAAGAAAGCGAAAGGAGUUGUUCGCCGUCCAGAUGUGCUUGACGGGCUUUCUGCUGGGACUGGCCGCCGGGCUCCGGAAGGUGGCACAGCACGGAGAUCGUGUUUCGCCUUCCACAAUGCUGGAAGACACCAGGUGGGACAGUCGUCACCUUCUGCAGGACACCUACGACAACCAGUCCAAGCUGUUAUCAGAGCUGGACAAAAACUGCACCGAACCAGCUAUCCACGAGUUCCCCAGAGAUUACUUCACCAAUCAGGAGCGCAUUGAUGGAGCCGUGGGCUUACACGUCCUCUGUGCAGUCUACAUGUUCUAUGCUCUGGCCUUAGUCUGUGAUGACUACUUCGUUCCCUCGCUAGACAAGAUAUGUGAGCGUCUUCAUCUUAGUGAGGAUGUUGCUGGAGCGACCUUUAUGGCGGCAGGCAGCUCAGCUCCUGAACUCUUCACCUCGGUCAUAGGAGUAUUCAUCACUAAAGGGGAUGUCGGGGUUGGCACCAUUGUCGGCUCGGCUGUCUUCAAUAUCCUCUGUAUUAUUGGAGCAUGUGGGAUAUUUGCUGUGCAGACGAUCCAUCUGUCCUGCUGGCCUCUGCUCAGAGACUCCGUCUACUACACCCUCUCCAUCUCCGCCCUUAUUGUGUUCAUCUAUGAUGAAAAAGUAGUUUGGUGGGAAGCGCUCACGUUAAUUCUGAUGUACUUCGUCUAUAUUUUGAUCAUGAAACUGAACUCCCAUGUGGUUGGUUUCCUGGAGAGGAAGAAGAAAUACUCAUCCAGCGUGAGGAACGGAGCGGCGAAUGGCGAGCUAGACGAUGGCUCAGACGCUACAGCGGUUCUGUUGAAAAAAGCAAACCACCGCAGGAAGACAUCAGUGCUGAUGGUUGACGAGUUGCUUUCAGCGUACCCCCACCAGCUGUCGUUCUCAGAGGCCGGCAUGAGAAUUAUGAUCACCAGCCACUUCUCCCCGAGAACCCGCCUUACCAUGGCCUCUCGAAUGCUCAUCACUGAGAGGCAGCGUCUCAUCAACACGCGGACCUUGACCAAUGGAGACUCAGACGGACCGGUAAAAGGAGGCAACAGGCGGACCACAGAAAACGGGAUGUCUGGAGCAGAGAGAGGCAUCAACAUGCGAGACCACGAGACGGGCAACGAGACAGAGAACGAAGACAACGAAAACAAUGAGAACGAUGAAGAGGAGGAAGAAGAGGAUAGAGAAGGCCCGUUUGUGCCCUUCCAGUGUCCAGCCGGUGCGUUGAACAAACUGAAGUGGCUGCUGGCCUGGCCGCUGUGUCUGCUGCUCUACUUCACCGUGCCCAACUGCUCCACACCUCGCUGGGAGAACUGGUUCAUGCUGUCCUUUGUCUCCUCAACCCUGUGGAUCGCUGCCUUCUCCUACAUCAUGGUGUGGAUGGUUACGGUGAUUGGCUUCACUCUCGGCAUCCCAGACGUCAUCAUGGGCAUCACCUUCCUGGCAGCAGGCACCAGCGUCCCUGAUUGCAUGGCCAGCCUCAUUGUGGCAAGACAAGGAAUGGGUGACAUGGCGGUGUCAAACUCCAUCGGCAGUAAUGUGUUUGACAUCUUGGUGGGCCUCGGCCUCCCCUGGGCCCUGAAGACGCUUGCUAUUAACUACGGCUCUGAUAUCAAAUUAAACAGCAAAGGGCUGAUUUUUUCUGUCGGGCUCCUGUUGGCUUCUGUGUUUCUGACGGUCAUGGGAGUUCACCUCAACAAGUGGACACUGGACAGACGUCUCGGCCUCACGUGUCUCCUCCUCUACGCCGUCUUCUUGUGCUUCUCCUGCCUCAUUGAGUACAACAUCUUCAUCUUUGUCAACCUGCCAACCUGCAGGGAUGACUGACACAGCCACACACACACACACACGCGCACACACACACACAUUAAUACAGGCACACACUCAAGCUUGAAAUGAAACAGGUGAUGGUGUCUGACACCAGGAUUGCAAAUGGCAUGUAAUUACCAGGAAGACAGAUGUGCAACUGUUGACCCACGUUGAUGAUUUUGUUCUCGUAUUUAUGUAGUAGUACUACAGUACUACGUGUUAUCAGUGCAAUAUGGAGCUCCGCUGGUCUGUGUCCACCAGCAUACAAGGAGGACUGGCGGCAGUGAGGACCCGUCACGGGACGACAGGAGCAAGAGGACAUUUAUUUUGAAACCUUCACUGGCUGCUACAUUUACAUCCAUACGUCACAACGCCGUGUUGACCCGAGUAUAAGCCGGGGUGUAGAGAUUUAUUCAACGUGUAAAUACGUCAGGCUCUUCCAUAGCAAUCUGAACGCUAGAAAGCCCGAUAGCAAUAUUUUCCUAGCUUGUGAUGUAUGAAUUCACGUCAUAUUUGACCCCUCGUUGCAAUGAGAAAGCCGCUUUUUAUGUUAGUCCAUUGUUGGUUAAAUUGCUUUAAAAUGAGCUGUCAUGGCAAAAAAUGAAGUUGUUGGAAAUGAGCUGGACACGCUGCCAUUGUGGGGAAGCCAUAUCCUGCAUUAGUCACAUGACCAGCCCUUCAAAAGUGUUUCCUAGACGUCAGGUAAAAGCUGUAUAGGACACAUUUGAACACAUUGAAAGCAUCACCAUGGCUUCCUCAUUAUGGGAUACAAUCUUUUUCUUUUGUGUAUUGUUGUCUUAUGUUUGGGGUCAUCUUAUACCAGGGGUCGGCAACCUUUCCCACCAAAAAAGCCAUUUUGCCUCCUCUUCCAGUGAAAAACAAAACAAAAAAACAUCACACUGCUUAUAAACUUGUAAAAAUUGUCAUCUUUUUCAAAUGUUACCCCAAAAUUCAACAAACAGAAGUGCGCCUACACGUGUACUGUAGGCCUACCCUGACAUAAUAUCAACACUUAACUCCGUGAGUCUUACUGACUGGUUCCCAUAUUUGUGUCAAAUUCAAACAAACUGUAGCCACCUUUACGAUAAAAAAAGAGUCCAGAGUUCACGUUUUUGCUCAAUAACGUUUAUGCCUGCAUUGAAUUGCCAUCAAUAACCGUUCCAUUUGUCCUGUCCUUGACUGUCUUUGCAAAGAGAGGCAUUAUUUUAUUUUCUAAAUCAUUUCCUGUUUAUUUUUUCAUUUGGAAAAUAGAUGAGCUGAUAUUUUUAUGAAUGGUUCUUUCAUGUAAGGCCUGUCACGAUAAUCUGUAAAUGAAAAAAAAAGAAGUCGAUCAUUUUGCCGGCCUCGAUAAAUUGACAUGUGCAUACAUGCGUGUUUGAUGCGUGUUUCUCUGUGCCACACAGGCUGGAUGACAAGAGGGUUCCCUCUGCAUCUGUCUGUGCGCAUUGGUUCUGUAGUGAAUGAACGGAGAGAGUGAGCCCUCCUCUCAUUCAGCUUCUUGGUGGAAGCGGGGCUACUAGUGAGUGGAUACAGAGGGUUAGCAGUUAGCCGCGUGAGCCAGCCUACGCUAACAUGAAUGAAGGCACAGAUGUGAUGGCUUCCGAGGCGAAGGCCACAGCCGACAGCCCCGUUGUGGGAAUAUUUUGGUUUGAAACAGAAUGAACAAGGCGAGGGCAUGAACACAGACAAACCGAAAUGUCGCAUUUGUUCAAAUGAAACAUUUGCACAUACGACACACAGCCAUCCUUUUCCAUUUUCAGGGGAAAAAAAUACCGCUGGAGGUGCAGCAGAGCCUUCGUCGCUUACUGAGGCGUUUUGACGGCAAUGUAAAUAGCACAAAAUCGUGCGCGCUCACAGACAAUACGCUCAUUCAAUACAGUUAUAUGGCAUACAUUUUAUGCCAUAGAAAUUAUUUAAAAAUGGUCUAAAUAAUGAUGUUAAUAAUAUCGAUGAUCGACGAUAAUUUGUAGCACAAUUAUCGACCAGCAAAAUUUGUUAUCGUGACAGCCCUAUGUAUUUUCCAUCUGUGAAUGGCUUCCCAUCUCAUGUGCAGCCCCGUGUUGCCAACUUGGCGAUUUUCUCGCUAAAUCUGGCGACUUUCCAAACCCAAUAAAAAUUUUCUCAAUAGCGACUAGCGACAAAUGUAAAGAUUUUUCUGGUGAGCGUACUGCCUGCUGCCACGGCACACGGCACUGUCUGCCUCCCAUGAGCGUGUCACGGACUCCAAGCACACAGCAACAGUGCGCUUUGCAUUCUAAAACACGAUGCUAUGCUCCCGGUAAUUACACGGUUUUAUUUUACUGCGCAGUAACUUGCUUGACUUGACUCAACUCAAAACUCCCUCACCUUGUUUUCCUCUCCCGCGCAGUGAGACUCGCUGGAAGCACAAGCAAACCCCCCCUUGCUCAUCCAAUCGGCAGUCAGAACGCAGGCUGAACGCAUUCACGGACUUGCAGUUCAUUUCGAAAAUGCACAUUUCCCCUACUUGGGUGUGCGAAGGGAGCCGCAACAAGGAGGCUGAUGAGCCGCGGGUUGCCGACCCCUGUCUUAUACUGUAUGUGCUAUGUGGGAGUAGAAGGCUGUAGCACUGAUCUGAUUGGAAAUGAAUAAUCUGAAGAUUUGUUCUCCAGAUGAGCCACUGGGCCAUGGAAUAAUGGACAUUUUAAGAUUGAAGCAUAAUUCCAAUAAUAUCCAAACAGGGCAUUAUUUUUCUUAACAUUAUUAUUAGUGUGACAGCUGCUGUAGCUAUGUUUUGUAUGUCAGAUGAAUUUAUUGGCUUUAUAGAGACAGCUUGCUGUUCCCUUUUGUAAAUAGUUUUCUGUAAAUAGCCCUCGGCGGCUCAUGUAUUAUUUAUAAAUGUCAAACGCACAUUUCGCCUCUGGAGGUCACGGGGCCCAAAGCGGGUUUAUUUCUGGUGUCAGGGUCACUAAAAUCUCCUCUUGAGGUCAGAAAGACGUCUUUGCGGAUGUUUUCUCUUGACGUGGUUUUGCUGUUUUUGAAUGAGUUGGAUUUGACUGUGUGUUUGUGUUAGGAUAAGUCCAAAGCAGGCCAACCUUGCACUGAAGAGCCUAAAGUAGCUUUGGGGGAAGGCAUCUGGGUGGCUCUGUGUCGUCCUUCAAUAAGCACGCUGAUUAUAAGGAUGUCUUUCCUUGUAAGAUGAAGCACUUUUGAUGCAGAGCGACGCCAGGAUGGAGUCGUCAUGCGACGUACGGAGCUAAAUGGACUGCUGCUCCUCAUUUGGUGGACACACGUCCCACCUAAAGAAGUCAUAGGUGGGACUUUUAUCAGUCCAGAAACGUUGUAUUUUGUAUCACCUGUAGAUUUGUCCAGAUUUGGUAGGUUUGUGCUACAUGGAUAUUUGUACUGGUUUUUAGAGCAUGUGCAAAGUAGUUCAUCUCCAUUGAGUGGCGCAAAAUUUCCACUUCUUCCACACCUGUUGAAACUCUUGCACAGUAUGCUCAUGCAGUGUUUGCAACUUUCAGAAACAUGCUCAGCUCUUUUCCCUCUCUUUCCACCAAAUCCAUCAUCGUUCCUUUUUAAAGGACAUUGUCAAUGGCCUGUUGCCAGAUCAUGUAUCUACAAAUUGUUUAUGAGUUCUUUUUUCAAUUCUGUUCCCCACUUUUAUGAAGAGAAUGUCUAAGCGCAGCCUGGGAGUUGAGGGGUUCCUGGUUUGGUGGCUGCAGGAUUGGCUUUCUGCUUUUUGCAGAUGAUGUGGUCCUGCUGGCUUCAUCGGGCCGUGGAUCGGUUCACAGCUGAGUGUGAAGCGGCUGGGAUGAGAAUCAGCACCUCCGAGUCCGAGUCCAUGGUUCACGGCUGCACGGCUCCUCCAUCAGGAGGCGUUUAAGUACCUCGGGGUCUCGUUCACAAGUGAGGGAAGGAUAGAACAUGAGGUUGACAGGCAGAAUGGAGUGGCGUGUGCAGUGACGCAAACCCUUCAUCGGUUCAUUGUGGUGAUGAGGGAGCUGAGCCGAAAGGCAAAGCUCUCAAUUUACCAGUCGAUCUACGUUCCUACGUAGAUCUUCCUAGUGGCAGAAAGGACAAGAUCGUGGGGACAAGCGGCUGAAAUGAGUUUUCUCCGUAGAGCGGCUGGGUUCUCAGGGAUCAUCUGGGAGAAACUCCACAUUGAGAGGAGCCCGAGGAUGUGGCUCGGGCAUCUGGUCAGGAUGCCUCGUGGACACCUCACUAGGGAGGUGUUCAGGGCACAUUCUAACGUUUCGCAGGCCUUGGGGAAGACCCAGGACACGACUGUGUCUCUCAACUGGCCUGGGAAGGCUGCUCCUCCACAUUGAGAGGAGCCAGAUGAGGUGGCUCGGGCAUCUGGUUGGGAUGCCUUUCAGACGCCUCUCCUUGGGGCACAUCUAACUGGUAGGAGGCCUCUGGGAAGACCCAGGACACGUUGGAGAGACUAUGUCUCUCAAUUGGCCUGGAAACAUUGCCCCUUCACAUUGAGAGGAGCCAGAUGAGGUGGCUCGGGCAUCUGGUCGGGAUGCCUGCCGAACCCCUCCCUCGGGAGGUGUUCAGGGCACAUCCAACCGGUUUGCAAGCCUCGGGGAAAAGCCAGGACACUUUGGUCGAGACUGUUUCUCUAAACUGGCCUGGGAAUGCCUCGGGAUCUGCCGGGAGAAGCUGGGCGAAGUAACCGGGGAGAGGGGAGUCUGGGCAACCCGCCCUCGGAUAAGCGGAAGAAGCUGAGCGAAUGGAUGGAUUCUUUUUUCCCCAUAAAUACAUGCUGGACAUGCUGGAAGAAACCAGCAUUCAAAAGUCUUUAGGUUUGAUGUAAUGCAAUAAUCAUAGUCGUACCAAUGUGUGAAUAUCACUCUUUGAAUAGGAAGACUUAAAAGAAACGGCGUGUGUUCUGGACACCGGAACAGUUAAAAGAUAAAAGAUUAAUAAAAUAAUGUUCUAUAUAAACAGGACUUUCAUUUUGCCACAGAACAAUAACAUAGUUAAAGGGAUAGAUGGCCAUUUUUUGGCAUGAAGUUGUCAACAGUGUAGUGCAUCAACAGUGACUUACCCCCCCCCCCCCCCCCACUCGGUACCGUGAGCCCAGUUCUGGUCAGAUUUUGAUGAUGUGGAAAGUAGUUCCGGUUAGCUGGUGGGGCCACUUAAGUAAAAAGUGUGGCUUCUCAAAACAAUAUGCGUUGAAAAGAGUAAUACAUUUGCAUCACAAAAAUGCCUCCUGGAAACAAUCAGACAUAACAAUCGCUUGCGUUCAUUUCACACGCGUGGUAUCACUGCGCGCUGCCGCUUGUCCAUUGCUGUGUACGUGUUCCGCAGACUUCACCCACGCAAGGAAACACAUGGAACACAUACUGUGCAAAGUGGGGGGCGGCUCACCAUUGAUGCACGACACUGCUGAUGGGGACGUGGUAGAACUUCAUGUCCUAAAAUCCAAACUAUCCCUUUAAAGUCUCGUUUUGAUCAUGAAGACUUCCACAGUUUUUUUAAAAAAAUGUAAUUAUGAAUUAAACGUGUCGGUAUAACGUAUGUAUAUAAUGUACGUAUAUUUUAUUGAUUCUUUAAUUACAACAAAAAGAGAAAUGCAGAAAGAUUUCUCUAUGGUUUGGUCUUUAGGCAAGGGGUGGGGGUGGCGGUGGGGGUUUAGGGGUUAGGGAUUGGUUUAGGGUUCUUGUCAGGUUUUGGGUUUAGGGGCUAGAUUUACAGUUAGGGGUAGAUUUAGGGUUUAGGGUUAAGAUUAAGGGUUAUGGGUUGAGGUCAGAGGUUGGAGCAGUGACGUCCAAACUGCAGUUCGUUGUUUUUUUUUUAUUGGCCUAGCCGUACGUUCUAAAAAUGCAAUUAAAUAAGAAAACUUUUUUAAAAAAU